AAGAGUUGGGUCUUAUUAAGCAAGCUAUUGAUGCAGAUACGUGGAAUAUAAUUACAACAACGAAUACAGUUUUUUUGUGUGUAUCAACAGUUAUUGUUACAUUAGUUCUUUUUUAUGUCCUUUUAAAAGUUAUAAAAUACUCAGUUUUAAAAGAUGGUAAAGGAAAAAUGUGUGCAAUGGAAUAUUUUAAUUUUAUCAAAAAACUGUUAAAAGAAAAAUGAU